AUGGAAUUCCGAGAAACGUUAUUGGCUGCACAACGAAAUCAACAACAAAAAUCAUCCGAAAAUUGUUACUAUAAAGCUCGUUUCGAUCCUCCUAAAAAGGAGCAAAAGAUAAAAGAUAGACUAUCAGCAAAUAUACAAAAAUUUUUGGCUAAAAAAGAAGAGGAAGAAAGGCAAAAAAAGUUAGAGGCGCAAAGAAAACGUGAAGAAUUAAUUGCUAUGCGCGAUCCUAAGGCUUUGAGGAAGAUUCAAAAGACUUUAAAAGUAAUUAAGUCUGCCAAUAAGUCUGUAAUAGAGGAUGCAGUAGAUAGAGAUAACACAGCAGUCACCCGGGAAGGGCCUGAUCAACCUGACCAAGAUGACUAUGGCUAUGAAUCCCAAGAGGCUGCUGCUCUCUAUGAGAAAAUGAUGCAAAAGUAUAGUAAAAUACCAGAUGAACCAAAAUUUCCCACUAAAAAUAAUUCAGUAAGCAAAGAUCUCAAUGGUACUAGGGAGAGAGUCAGAAAUGCCUUGCUACAUGAAGAUGACCCAGUGCCACACAAAAGGAGACGUAAAGGUGAAAAUAAUGAGAAAGAACUAAGUCCACCACCAAAAUAUGAGCCAGAGAAGAAAAAGGAAGAAAAGUCCGAAAAACCAAAAAUAAGAAAACCUGCUCCGCCACCAAUGGACUUCAACCAGCUGCUAAAACUUGCUGAAAAGAAGAAGAGUGAACCAAUUGACAUUGUUACCAAAAAGCAAGUGAUAGAACCAGAACCUGACCGUCUUAUGACCAAGAAACAAAAGAGGGAGUACGAAGAAGAAAUGGCUCGACGUCAACGUAGGCAGGAGCGAAUUGAAGCUGAAAAAAGUGGGAACCGAAAAGUUCCAAAAGAUGACAAGCCUGUAGAAAGGGAAAAGAGACCAGAACCUAGUAGUAUUGGUCGUAUACCCAAGCUCGGAGAUAAAAGCUCUGGAAAUCACAAGAAUCACUAUAUAAAAACGUCUGAUAAGGAAAAAGAAAGGGCCAUUAGUGAUAAGGAAAAAGAAAGAGCCAUUCGUGAUAAGGAAAAAGAAAGAGCCAUUAGUGACAGAGAAAAGAAGGAAGCAUUAAUGGCAGAAAAGCUUCAAAGAGAAAAAGAGAGAAUAAGGUUGGAGAGGGAUAAAGCAGAACAAGAAAAAGAGAGGUUAGAUAGGGAAAGGUUAGAAAAAUUAAAAGCUGAGAGAGAAAGAAUUGACAGAGAUAUUGACCGACUUAAUAGAGACAGGGAUAGAUUAGAGAAAACAAAAUCUAAACUCGAAGCUAAAACAGAGAGAGUAAACAAACCUACAAAUAGCACAGUAGAUAGGUCAAAAUUAAAUGCUAGAGAGCAACCGGUAAAACACGAGAUAAAGAAGAGCAUAGACUUAAAGAGUCAAAAUACCUAUCGGAUAGAUAAAAAUUUAACGGAGAAAAAGAUCUCUAUACCUAGUAAAAGUGGUGACACAAGGCACAUAAAUGGUCACAGUACCCAUGGAAAACCAGUGCCAAAUCCAAAUAAAGAACCACAGAGGAAUGAUGUCAAAGACAAAGUUCUACAAUCAAAACAAAAAACGUUAUUUGGUGAGGGAUCACUGAAAAACAACGGACAUGUUAGGCCUGAUGGUGCUAAACGAGUACAGGAAAGUAGCAAAGAAAUGCCAUCAAAAAGAUCUGAGGACAAGAAACCAAUAUCGACUAGCAAAUCUCUUGCAAGUGCCAGCAAACCGAAAAUUGCAAACAGCUUCGACUUUGAUAAGCAUGUUAAUUCAAUUGGAGCGCGACAGUUUCCACCCGGUAACGUUCGGAGGAAACCUCAUCCUGACGAUUUGAAAAGAAAAAAACGCCGCAUGGUGGAUUCUGAGUCGGACUACGAUUCCGAAAUGGAUGACUUUAUUGAUGACGGGGAUGAAAAUAUUGAUUAUUCUACCCAUAUCAAGGAGAUAUUUGGUUACGACAAGUCGAAAUAUCGAGACAUUGAUGACGAUGACGACCCAAUGAUGGAAUCAAGUUUCGCACGUCAGCAACGUGAAGAAUACAUCAGCAAGAAAAUUGGUAUCUUGGAAGACUUGGAAGACAUGCGAAUGGAAGCGAUGGAAAAGAAAAAAUCAAAAAAGAGGCGGAUUAGCGAUGACUGA